AUGGCUGGCUUUAAUACCCCCCCGCGCUUUGGCGCCUCUCAGAGACCAUUUACCCCUCGACAAAACAACCAAUCCUCCCCACUUAACUCUCCCCAAAACAAUGCUUCAAAUUCCAGAAAUACUACACCCUUCGGUGGCAGCAACAACUCGACGCCAUUCGGCGGCAACUCUACUCCCUUCGGGACCUCUUCAAUCUUUGGACGAGCCCAUAAUAGGACUAUGUCAGGAGCUAGCAGCGUAGUCUCACACACCCCCACCCCAGGAAACAACGCCACCGCUACCACCACUACUUCUAGUGCUACAAAAUCAAAUACUACAUUUGCUCCGAGCUUCAUUAAAAGAAACGAUCCCACAUCACCUAAGAUUACCUCCCAUGGUCUCGAAGGCACAGACUUUUCAGGCAAGCGUUGGGUUUGGGUUAAGGAUCCCGAACAGGCAUUUGUGAAAGGUUAUGUCGAAAGCGAGGAGGAUAAUGUCCUUCUCGUUAUUUGCGACGAUGGCAGCCAACGAAACGUGCCGGCUGACCAAGUGGAUAAAGUCAACCCCGCGAAGUUUGACAAGGCGGCAGAUAUGGCCGAGUUGACGCAUUUGAACGAAGCUUCUGUGGUCCAUAAUUUGCAUAUGAGAUAUCAAUCUGAUCUCAUCUAUACAUACUCCGGGCUGUUCUUGGUGACGGUCAAUCCCUACUGUCCGUUGCCGAUAUACACAAAUGAGUACAUUGAAAUGUACAGAGAUAGGUCUCGGGAUGAGACCCAACCACAUAUUUUCGCUAUUUCUGAUGCUGCUUUCCGUAACUUAUUGGACGAGAGAGAAAAUCAGAGUAUUUUGGUCACUGGUGAAUCCGGUGCUGGAAAAACUGAGAAUACUAAGAAGGUCAUCCAAUAUCUUGCCUCCGUAGCUGCCGGGAACAACUCUUCCAGACAGUUUGGCACCCUCGAACAGCAAAUCUUGCAGGCCAAUCCUGUUCUCGAAGCCUUUGGAAAUGCCCAAACCGUACGAAAUAACAAUUCGUCCAGAUUUGGCAAGUUUAUAAGAAUCGAGUUUACCGGGAAGGGUCAGAUUGCUGGUGCCUAUAUUGACUGGUAUUUACUUGAGAAAUCCAGAGUUGUAAAGCAGAGCGGCGGCGAGCGAAAUUACCAUGUCUUUUAUCAGUUGCUAAGAGGCGCGACUCGGGAGCUCCGUGAUCAGCUGAUGCUCACUGGCGAUGUUGACGACUAUGGCUAUACCAAGAGUGCAAAUAAGCAUAUUGUUGGUGUUAAUGACAAAGAUGAGUUCGACACUCUCCUUCGGGCUUUCCAGGUUAUGGGGUUCUCGAAGGAUGAGCAAAUGGCUUACUUCAGGAAUAUCGCUGCGGUUCUUCACCUCGGAAAUCUUUCCGUUGUUGGGAAUGCAGAUGGCGCGAGGCUCCCGGAAAGACGUCAAGUCGAUAUCAUCUGUAAUGUUCUUGGAAUACAGGCGGAUUCUUUCACUAAAGGGCUCCUAAACCCAAGAGUCAAAGCCGGCAAGGAAUGGGUUAACCAGAACCGUAAUGCGGAACAAGUCAAGCAAUCCAUUGAUGCUCUUAGCAAGGGUAUCUACGAGCGUGCUUUUGGCAGUUUGGUAUCGAGGAUCAAUCAGUCUCUCGAGCGUAGAGGGGAGGAAUCAGGAUUCAUCGGCGUUCUCGAUAUUGCUGGUUUCGAAAUCUUCGAAUCCAAUUCCUUUGAGCAGCUUUGCAUCAAUUACACCAACGAAAAACUGCAACAGUUUUUCAAUCACCAUAUGUUCGUACUUGAGCAGGAAGAGUAUGCUCGGGAGCGAAUUGAGUGGAAGUUUAUCGAUUUUGGACACGAUCUCCAGCCCACAAUCGAUUUGAUCGAACUUUCCAACCCUAUUGGUAUCUUCUCUUGUUUGGAUGAAGACUGCGUCAUGCCCAAGACGACCGAUAAGACUUUUACCGAGAAGCUUCACUCAUUGUGGGACAAAAAGUCGAACAAAUAUCGCAGCUCAAUGUUGAGCCAGGGUUUCAUCCUUACUCAUUACGCAGCUGAAGUUGAGUACGAUACCCAGGGAUGGUUGGAGAAGAACAAGGACCCUCUUAACGACAAUGUUACCCGCCUACUAGCAAACUCUACACAUGCUAGUGUGGCUCAACUUUUCGCCGACUGUGCUGAGGAUGCGGAGCAUUCGCUCACAUCGAGGUCGCGUGUCAAGAAAGGAUUGUUCCGGACCGUUGCCCAACGUCACAAGGAGCAGCUCUCCAGCCUUAUGGCCCAACUUCAUGCCACUCACCCCCACUUCGUUCGUUGUAUUAUUCCCAAUCACCAGAAGAAACCAAAGAGACUAGUUACCCAGCUAGUGCUAGACCAGCUUCGAUGCAAUGGUGUGCUAGAAGGUAUUAGGAUUGCGAGAACGGGUUUCCCCAAUCGACUGCCAUUCAACGAGUUCCGUCAACGUUAUGAAGUACUUACACCCGGACUUCCAAAGGGCUACCUGGAAGGGCAACAGAUUGCCAGGUUCAUGCUUGAGCAGCUUAAUCUUGACGACUAUCAGUAUCGAAUUGGUCUUAGCAAGGUCUUUUUCCGUGCUGGUGUUCUUGCAGAGCUUGAAGAGCAACGCGAUGCUUUGGUUCGCAGUAUAAUCACUCGAUUCCAAAGUAUUGCGCGUGGAUACAUUCAGAGGAAGAUUGCGCACAAGAAGCUGUACCGUGCAGAGGCUACAAGAAUUAUUCACCAGAAUCUUAAAGUGUACCUCGAGCUUAGCCAGAACCCAUGGUGGAAGUUACUUGUGAAGACUAAGCCACUGCUGGGCAAUACGGUUACGAGCCGUGAGGUAAAGAAGAAGGAUGAUAUGAUCCAACAUAUGCAGGCACAAAUGACGCAACAGGCCGAGGAUCGAGCUAAAGUUGAAGAUGAAAAGAGGAGGACCGAGACUGAGCUUUCGAGGGUCCAGCAAACCCUUGAAGCGGAACGUGCUCUCGCUCUCGAUAAAGAUGAAAUCUUCCAGCGACUGCAACAGCGCGAGGCUGACCUUUCUGAGAAGCUUAAAGGGGCUUUGGAGGAUCAAGAGCAAUUGGAAGAUCAACUUGAUGAGUUGAUUGCUGCGAAGAAGAAAGUUUCUGAUCAGCUUGAUAUUCGACGAAAGGAACUUGAGCAGGCUGUUACACUGAUUGGAUCUUUGGAGGAAGAGAAGAAAAAUUUAGUAGCCAAACUAGAAGAGAACGAAGCCAAACUCAAGACCGCAACCGAUCAAUUAGACAAUGUCAGCAGCCACGAGAGCAAGUUGUCGAAGGAGAUCCAUCUCCUUAAGAGCCACCUUUCACUUAAGGAAAGAAAGGUUCAGGAGUUUGAGCAGUUAUUGCUUAAGACUGAUAAGGAUCUGGAGGAGAAGUAUAAUGCAGCUAGUAAAAGCCUUGAAACGACUCGGAAGCAAAAUCAGGAACUUCGCGCCGAAGCGAACAAUGCUCGACAACAGUUGCAAGAUCUUUCUAAGACUUCUUCUGACUUUGAAGGGUUGAUUCGGAAGAAAGAAAGUGAAUUGUCUUUGGCGCUUGCGGAUCUUAAAAAACAGCAGAUUGAUCGCAAAACGUUUGAAGAUGAAAGACAUUUACUUGUCUCGAAGCAGGAGGAGUUGCAAAGAAAGCUUCGUGCCGCGGAGUCUGCUGCAGACCAUGCAAAGAUGUUAAAGGCGCAAUGCGAAAGAGAUGCAAACGAGGCUCGUAAAUUGUUGGAAAGCAAGAUCUCAGAAGAUGCCAAACUUGGACAAGGGAGAAGGCUCCUCGAUGAGCAGAUCAAGGCCCUGAAGGUUCAGCUUGAAGGUGUCCAAGGAGAAUUGGAUGCCGAAAGGAAGUCUCGGGCCGACAUUCUCGCGGAGAGUGAGACCCAGCUUGCUACUAUGAGAAGGGACUACGAUGCGCUCUCUAUCGCAAAGGUUACGAUUGAGAAGGAACUCUAUGGCCAGCAGGAUACACUUCGCAAGGCCCUUGAAGCUAGGUCACAAGCAGAGAGGGAGAAGCGGGAUAUUCAACUUGACCUCCAACGUCUACGCCAGCGAGUCGAGAACAACGAAUCCACAAGGGCACAGGCAGAGGCCGCCAAUGAACGCCAGCUUUCUCGACAGGCUGAAGAGCUUCGAAGUUCGCUUAGAAAGGAAAUCGAUCAGAAGGACAAGUUGCUUUCUCAAGCCGAGGCAGAUCGGGAGAACCUCAACCUCGAGAUUCGAAGAUUAACCAAGGAUAUUGAGGAGAGCGAAGCCUCGAAGAGAGCGAAUGAACAGGCGAAGAAGAGAUUGGAUCAAGAGAUGGGUACACUUAAAGCUCGCCUUCUGUCUUCGGAACACGACAACCGCGCCCUUCAAAACAAGAUUCAACAGAAGAAUCUCGAACUCGCCAAGUCAACCUCGAAAGCUAGCGAACAGUAUCGCGACAAGAUUGUGCAAUUGACUGCAGAAAAGGCGAAGGCUGUUGACGAAGAAAAGAAACUCCACGGGCAACUGAGUGAGGCCCAGCUAAAGAUUAUGUCCUUGGAAAAGCAGAAGGAAAAGCUUGCACUUGAUCUUGAGGAUCUCAACCAUGAAGUUACAAGAGAGCACAAGAAUACGAGAGCUACGGAAAAGACUGUUAGUGGCCUUCAGGUUCAGCUUUCGGAAGCGAAUCGUAACUGGGAUUCCGAAAAGCAACUCACAGCACAAGCUCAUGCAAAUAACCGGAAGCUGCAAAGCUCGCUGGAUACCGCUAAUUCGGAGCUUGAAGAUUGCCAUCGAUAUUUGCUGGAGUUGCAGAGAGUGGUCGAGCCCGAUGAUGACGACGCUACGCCUAUCAAGAUACUAGACCGGACAAGGAAGCGGUCGGGUACUACAACCGAUAUGGCACAGACAUUUGAUGAGAUCAAGCAGAAGUUAAGGGUCGCAGAGGAGCGGAGGAAUCGUGCCGAGUCUCAGCUUGCGGAAAUGCGUCGCAGACACCAAGACGAGAUUAUGGAUAUGGAGAAUCGCCAUUCUGUUUCUAGGGCUACAUUUAUGGAAGGGAUGAAUGAGAAUAUGCCGCCAUUCGGUUCCCCUACGAAGACUUUUGGGACGCCAACUAAACGGCCUAUAUUUAAUCCUGCAGGGCAUGGCUCGCCACGCACGCCUACUAAACGUGUGGGCCAGCAGCUUGAUUCUACGGUGUUUGAUUCUGGAAAGACAGAUCGCACAGUGGAUACUAUCAAUUUCCAGGCCAAGAUGGAUUUGGCGACUGAUUUGGAGGAAGCGCAGAAUAAGUUGCAAAUGGCUGAGAUGGAGAACCGACAUUUGAGGUCUCAGUUGAAUAUUCAAGAAGGCCCAGCCAAUGGAAAUGGUGAUGGUUCGAACAGGAUUCUGCAGCGAUUGGAGAGGGAGAAUAAUCGACUUCACCAGCAACUCGAUCAGGAGACAGAGAAAUUGUCGGCCCUCGAAUCUGCCAUGAGGUCUGGUGAGCUCACCGCGAUGGAUUUGCAGAACAAGUCCCACCAGGAGCUUUUUGACCUUAUCUGCGCGCAGGAGAAGUCGCGCAAGUCGCUUUUGGAGUACUAUAAUGCAACAAGGUCGGACCUUGCGGAUGCUAAGAAGGCAAACGAGAAGUCAAAGGGGUCUAAGAUGUCUCUAGAAGUUGAACUUCGAGAUGUUCGUGGUGAACUAGAGGAUCUUAUCGCGCAGCGCGAUCAAGAGCAGUUUGAGCGUAGUGGGCUUCUUGCUGAGAAUGCGGAUUUGCAGAUUCGGUUGGAUGCGGAAGGAGCGAAGAACCAUGAUCUUUCUUCUAGUGCUGCGCUGUAUAAAGCUCGUGCCGAAGAAUACUAUAGUAAGCUUGAGCAGGCAGAAAUUGCAGUUAUGCAAGCAACUCGAGCGGCUGCGUUCGCGAAGACACAGGCUAGAGAGGCGGAGGAUACAUGCGCUUCCGUUGUUGCAGAGAGACAGCAGACUGAAUCUAUGUUUGAAGAUAUGCAAAGAGAGAACCAAAGAUACGAAGAAAAGAUCGAGGACCUUCAAGCGGAUUUGGCAGAUGCACUUCAAGGCAAGAAGAGACUUCAGCAUGAGAUUGAAGAUUAUAGAAACAGACGAGAAAACGAACUUGAGGAUAAAGAGGGAUCUAUCGAGCAGAUGAGGAAGAAGUUCCAGACCGAGGCUGCACAGUAUUUGAAGGACGUUGAGGCCGAACGUGAAGCUUUGGUUGCUGCUAGGAGCGAGACUCAGCGACUACGUGAGGAAGUCGAUGAGCUGCGCGUCAAAUGGGAGGACGAGCUACUAAACAGCAAUACUGCUACAAAGGAACGUGCUCGACUUGAGGUGAAACUUGCUGACAUGACUACUUCUCAUGAGCAAGCUGUUUCAGCACACAAUGAAAUCCAAGCUCGCAUGGUCUCGCUUCUCAGCCAAAAUAGAACCCUCAGGGAGUCUGUGGAGGCGGCACAUAUGGAGCGCGAUCAACUACAGAAGGAUAAGAAGGCCAUCGAACAACGACUUUCGGAUGCAUCUCGCCGUCUUGAAGAGCUUGCUAAUGGCGACUCUUCCUCGGUUAGAGUUGCUGCUGGUAUGGAUCGUGAGAUCUUGGAUUUGAAGACUUCACUUGCACAGCAAGAAGACGUUGCUGCUGCUGCUGUGGAUAAGAUGAGAAGGUCUGAGGCUCUUACAUCCGAGUUGCAGAGGGAUCUUGCACAGCAGAGGGACUCAAAUUCAGAUUUGCACAAAGAGAAGUCGUUGCUUGAGAGAUCUGUAAGGGAUCUUCAACUUAAGGUUAUGGAUAUGGAGACCAAGAGUUAUACUACCGGGUCCAAGGACGUUAAGAUGUUGCAUAGCCGUAUUCAAGAGCUCGAAAACCAAAUCGAGGAGAACGAGAGGCAAAGGAGCAAGUUCGAACGAUCGACAAAAAACGUUGAUAGAACAGUCCGAGACCUUCAGCUACAGAUCGAAAGGAAGGAGAAGACAAAUACGCAGCUACAGGAGGAUAUGCAGCGGAAUAAGGACAAGGUUGAGAGGUUGUUGAAGACUAUUGAGGAGCUUCAGUCAUCGGAUAGUCAAAAUCAACUCACUGCUCGAAGAGCAGAGCGGGAGUUGAGAGAAGAAAAGGAGAAGGGUCUGAGGAUCGAAAGAGAAUUGGAAGGACUAAAGAGUUUGAAUAGUAGGAUCGGAGGAGGAGAUAGAGCUAGUGUUCACGGCGGGGUUAGUAUGACGAGGAGUAAUACUAUGCAAACCGUUGGAGAGAGGCCAGAGACUCCUAGUGGAGGAGGUAGUGCUGGAGCGGCUGGGUUCGCAGCUAAGCGUAGGAUCUUUUCAAAAGAUGGAGAUGGGGUCAAGAACUUCUUGUGA